AUGGCAGAUAACGGAGAGGGAUCGUCCCUUACCCCAGCCCAUUCUAUGCCCAUAGCCUCCCCCUCGGUGCGCUCGAGGUCUCCCGGGCCUGAUGUAGGGAACAGACAGGCAUCUAUCGCACGCCUCGCCUCGCCUGUGCCCUCCCCUUCUUUGGGAACAUCCCUGUCGUCUCGUCAGGGUAUCCCAGCCAUGCGACCUGUUGUGAAUCCUUCGGAUCAGGAAUUCUCGAAGUCAUACACCAACCAGGCAUCGCUUCCAGGUCCCGGACAAUCUAUGAUCGCAUCCCAGAUCCAAGAGAGCCUGGGUCGCUCACCGCCACGAUUUGGAACUCCCUCACGAUACACCGGGUCUCCUGCUCCCAACCCGAUUCUCGAUAGCCGACCGGUUGCCUCUCAAUAUGGCUCAUUUGACACCAAAGCUGGAUCCGAAAUGCCUGGAAUGGGACCGAACGAAGACCCCGAGGUCGUCAAGAGACAUCUAGUCAUGGACCCUGGAGACAACCAGUCUGAGAUCGCCACCAGCUUUGGUGGAGAAGACCAUUUCUCGAGCUUACAGCUGCAGGGUGGUGAUAUCACACGACAAGUCUACCGCUGGGCGGAGGACGCAGAGGCCGAGGCCGCAGGACGUUUCCUGCGCAGCAAGAGUUUCAGCGUCAGCCGGCCAAGACCAGAAGCUGAGACGGAAGACAUCGAUAGCAUCCGGGUUCCAGGAGGAUUUCGCAGAGAUUACCUCCGCAGAGCUGCUGGAAGCCCUGUUCGGGGGAGUGCUCAGGGGUCCGUUCGGGGCGGACCCAGUGGACAUGCUCCCCCACAGCUCCCUACCACGAGCUUUUUGGAGUUCUUGACUCUAUACGGUCACUUUGCUGGUGAAGAGUUAGAAGAGGACGAUGAGGUCCUGGGACCGGAUGAGUAUUUCUCGUCUGAUGCCUGGGAUGAGCCAGAAGAGGGCAGAGAGUCUGGAGAAGACGCAGCCCUCUUGCAAGGCGAGACGCCGGGUCGCAAGAAGAGAAAGCACAAGCAGCGCUCGCCGGCUGGAACCACGACCACAACAGGUGCGGUCCUUCUGCUGCUUAAGUCCUUUGUUGGUACUGGUAUCCUCUUCUUGCCCCGUGCUUUCUUGAACGGUGGCAUGCUCUUCAGUAGCAUGGUUUUGCUGGGAGUCUCGAUCCUCAGCUACUACGCUUUCAUUCUUUUGGUCAACACUCGCAUGAAGAUCGAAGGUUCUUUCGGUGACAUUGGUGGCAUCUUGUACGGAAAGCACAUGCGACGUAUCAUUCUUGGAUCCAUUGUUCUCAGUCAGCUGGGCUUUGUGUCGGCAUACAUCGUCUUCGUUUCGCAAAACCUGCAGGCAUUCGUGCUGGCCGUGAGCAAGUGUCUCACUUUCAUCGAUAUCAAGUACUUGGUUUUGCUGCAGUUGAUCAUCUUCUUGCCUUUGUCUUUGAUUCGGGAUAUCAGCAAGCUUGGCUUCACUGCGCUGAUUGCUGAUGUGUUCAUUCUCUUGGGCUUGCUUUACAUCUACUACUACGAUAUCAGUACUUUGGUCAGCCAGGGCGGUAUUUCGGAUGUCAAAUCCUUCAACCCCAACACCUGGUCCAUGUUCAUUGGUACUGCAAUCUUCACCUACGAGGGCAUCGGUCUGAUCAUUCCCAUCCAGGAAUCGAUGAAGAGGCCUACCAGGUUCCCUGGUGUGCUGGCCGGUGUCAUGGUUGUCAUCACAUUCAUCUUCCUGUCUGCGGGUGCAUUGAGCUACGCCGCCUACGGAUCGUCCACCAAGACUGUCAUCCUCCUCAACCUUCCCCAGGAUGACAAAUUCGUCAAUGUGGUUCAGUUCCUUUACUCGCUUGCCAUUUUGCUGAGCACUCCGCUCCAGCUCUUCCCCGCGAUCCGUAUCAUGGAGAACGAGUUGUUCACGCGCAGUGGAAAGUACAACCCGUACAUCAAGUGGAAGAAGAACGGCUUCCGUUUCUUCUUGGUUAUGGUCUGUGCUGUCGUUGCCUGGUGUGGUGCGGAUGAUCUCGACAAGUUUGUUUCACUGGUCGGAAGCUUUGCCUGUGUUCCGUUGAUUUACGUCUACCCGCCCCUCCUCCACCUUCGUGCUUGUGCUCGUUCCAAACGCCAAGCCAUCGCCGAUGUGACCCUCGCUGUCUUCGGUGCAAUCUGUUGCAUAUACACGACCUCUCUGACCCUUGCAAGCUGGAUGGGUCCCGAGGUCCCACAGAGCCCUGGUUACUGUGACUCGCACUAA